AUUUUUGUUUUUUGUGCAUUACAUUGAGUACAAUUAAUUAAAUUAAUAUAUCCAUUUGAUCAACAACUCGAUAGCCUUGAUAAUAGAACUAGUUAUGAUGCCUUAACUAAUCAUAGCAACAAUACUUCGACUACGAUAACAUCUUAUUUCUUAAAGCAAUAUCAAUAAAAUGUUCUGCCAAUAAACCGUAAUAAUUGUAAGCAUCAUCAGAACUCAUUAAUCAGUUCAGUAGAAAAGGUAUCUACUCUCGCACAAGACACGCUUGAAAAGUUUGUGUAUUACUCUAGUUCAUUUAAGUGAAAAUUUGUAGCCACUAGCGAUAUUGAAAACGUUUUUUAACAAAUUUCUGGAAUACCUGACGGAAACAAAAGUUUCAAGAAAGCUUGCAACAAACGGAGAGUGCGCGGGCCGACGUGAUUAUUAUGGGUACAUUCGGAAUUUCGCUUGCGGAUCAGUUGAAAUUGGCUUAUAGAUAUGGAAAAUUCAAAAUUCAACAGACAAGACAACGCACAAAUGAAAUAGUUGAAACUUCAACUAUAUAUGGCAGAGUAAGCGGUGUAAAAUGGUUGUCAAUUUAUGGUGAAGAGUAUUACAGUUUUGAUGGAAUUCCAUAUGCAAAACCGCCACUUGGAGAUCUUCGAUUUCGUGCUCCUAGAGAGCCAGAUCCAUGGACAGGUGUAAAGAAAUGCACAAGAAUAGGAUCAAAACCAACUCAAAUCAACUUUAUAUUAGGAUCGGUUUAUGGGAGUGAAGAUUGUCUUUAUUUAAAUGUGUUCACGAAAAACCUAAAUCCUUCAAAUCCGUUGCCAGUCCUUGUUUGGAUUUUCGGUGGAGGAUACCAGUAUGGAGAGGCUUCACGAGAUGUCUACAGUCCAGAUUAUAUGAUGCAAGAAGAUGUGAUGCUUGUUACAAUCAACUAUCGCUUAGGACCAUUGGGUUUUAUGUCAUUUUCGGAUCCAGACGUUGGAAUUCCUGGCAAUGCAGGCUUGAAGGAUCAAAUCAUGGCUCUGAAAUGGGUUAAGAAUAAUUGCAGUUCCUUUGGAGGUGAUCCAUCCAACAUAACGGUUUUCGGUUUAAGUUCUGGUGCAAGUUCCACCCAUAUUAUGAUGCUAACAGAACAGACUAAAGGACUUUUCCAUAGAGCAAUUAUUAUGUCCGGAAGUGCUGUGGCACCCUGGGCUCUUGCUCCACCUGAAAAUUGGAGCUAUAAACUUGCUAAAUUAGCAGGAUACACGGGUGAAAAUAAAGACAAACAAGUAUGUGAGUUCUUGACCAAACUUAAAUCGAGCGUUUUGUACAAACAUUCUAAGAAUUUGAUAACCAAAAAAGAAGAACACAAUAGGGAUUCAUAUUGUUUUGGGCCAAUAAUUGAACCCUAUGUGAGCGAAGAAUGCGUCAUUUCCAAAAGUCCUGUUGAAAUGAUGCGUGAAUCGUGGAGUAAUGCCAUUCCUUUGAUUAUUGGAGGAAAUUCUUUUGAAGGACUGAUUAUGUAUGCGGAAUGUCGCAAGUUUCCGUAUUUGGUGGAAGAAUUAGGUGAUUGUGAAAAAGUUGUCCCCUUAGAGCUCUCUUUAACACCAGAAGAACGAAAACAAUUUGGACUAAAGAUUAAAAAAACAUAUUUUGGCGAUGCAGAACCGAGCUCACAGAAUCUUCUUCCAAUUUGCGAUAUGUUUACGUAUAAAUUUGUUUGGCAUAGUAUUCAUAGAACUAUUCUUUCACGGUCUGAAUACGCUACUGCACCAACUUACGUUUACCGAUUUGAUUUUGAUUCCAAACAUUACAAUCACAUACGAAAUUUCGUUUGCGGUCGAAAAAUACAAGGAACUUGCCACGGUGAUGAGUUGUUGUACCUCUUCUAUAAUUUCAUAGGGAAGAAGCUUGACCAUGGAAGUAGAGAAUAUAAGACGAUAAGAACAAUGAUAUCUUUGUGGACAAAAUUUGCUGCGACGGGAGAUCCUAAUAUUCCGGUCAAAAGUGAUAUAAAAUGGAAUCAAAUUGACAAAAAUAGAACGGUCUUCCAGUGUUUGAAUAUAUCUGAUCAUUUGGAAAUGAUUGAUUUACCUGAGAGCGAAAAACUUAAGCUCUGGGACAGUAUGUAUCCUAGGCAGUUAUUGUUGGUCAAGAUGAUUUCCAAAGUUAGUCUCAGUGGGAAACUUUAUUAUAAAUAUAGAACACUUGAACAUAAACUUAACCAAUAUAGGAAUAAUACUGGCGAGACAACAAUUGCAGAAACAGAAUAUGGAAAAAUCAAAGGCGUUAAGAGGAAGUCUCUAUACGACAAAGAUUAUUAUAGUUUUGAAAAAAUUCCGUUUGCUGAACCACCGUUGGGCAGUUUGCGAUUCAAAGCUCCACAACCACCCAAACCCUGGAAUGAUGUUUUAGAUUGUACUCAAAUGAACCCAAAACCAAUGCAAAUCAACAUAAUCAAUGGUUAUGUUGAGGGAACUGAAGAUUGCCUUUAUUUGAAUGUUUACACCAACGACCUCAAACCGAAAAAACCACGAGCAGUUUUGGUUUGGAUUUAUGGUGGUGCCUUCAUCCUUGGCGAAGCAAAUCGUGAUUUUUAUAGUCCAGAAUUAUUAAUGACCAAGGAUAUCGUAUUGGUGACUCUCAACUAUAGAGUGAAUGCUUUUGGUUUCCUGAGCCUGAAAGAUCCAAAAGCUGACGUGCCUGGCAAUGCUGGUCUAAAAGAUCAAGUUAUGGCCUUAAAAUGGAUAAAAAAUAAUUGUUCACAAUUUGGUGGAGACCCGAAUAAUAUUACAGUUUUUGGCGAAAGCGCUGGCGCAGCUUCCACACAUUACAUGUCCAUUACGGAACAAACCAAAGGUCUUUUCCAACGUGCAAUUUUGAUGUCUGGCAACGCAAUAACACCUUGGGCAUCGGUAAAGCAAAAAGACUAUGCCUAUCGAUUGGCAAAACAUUGUGGAUACUCUGGUGAGGACAACGAUAAUGAUGUGCUCGAAUACUUGCGUGGUGUUAAGGCAAGUGAUCUUGUUGUGGACGAUGCUAAGCUUUUGACCUUGGAGGAACUACGUGCUGGUACAUUAUUCUGUUUUGGACCAACUGUUGAACCGUAUGACUCUAAGGACUGUGUUGUUCCCAAGGAACCAGCAGAAAUGAUGAAGACAGCAUGGAGUAAUAGUAUUCCUAUGAUAACAGGUUUUACUUCAUCAGAGGGAUUACUAUUUCACGCAGCCUUAUCAAAAGAACCAAAUGCCUUGUACGAGCUUGAGACUUGUGCUUACUUGGUGCCAUCAGAACUUGUGGAUGACAGAGAAAGUAAGAAAUGUCUGGAGCUUGGAAAGAAAUUAAAGGACGCUCAUGUAAACCAAGAUUCAACGCCUUUAAAUUGUUUACUCGACAUCAUGGGAUUCAAACACUUUGUCAAUCCAAUGCAGCAGUUUUUAGCUUCAAGAGCUAAAUACUCUCUAGCUCCAACAUUCCUUUAUAGGUAUGAUUUUGAUUCUGAUAACCUAUUCCUGCCGUUCCGAAUUAUGAGACAAAAAGGUUUACGUGGAUCAAGCCAUGGCGAUGAGCUAAGCUAUUUGUUCCACUCGAUUACCGGGCGUAAAAUGGAUAAAAACAGCAGGGAAUACAAAACUAUCGAUCGGAUGACGAGUUGGGUUAGUCAAUUUGCAAUUACUAGCGAUCCAAACUGUGAAGCUUUACAAUCAGUUCAAUGGAAACCUUUGGAAAAAGAUAACACUGAUUUGAAAUGCUUAAAUAUUUCGGAUGAAGUCGAAAUCAUCGAUUUACCAGAGAAAGAAAAAUUAAAAGUCUGGGAUUCAUUAUAUAUACAAUAAAAUCAAUAUAUAACGUGGCCCAACUUAAGGUACAUAUUCGGCAAUGUGCCUGCUAAAGGUGAUAUAGUUAAGCCAGUUGGAUUUGAUCCAGCGGCAUUAUUCUUUUGCAGUUAA